AGAGACUGGUACAGGAUUCCCCUUCGAAGUGUACAACAAGUCACAUACAUAUUCUUAUCGUUGAAUGUAAUAUCGUUUUUAUCCUUUUGAAUAAAUUUGUGUAAUACAAAAUGGUGAGAUUUCUAGAGACUAAGGCCGACUUUGAUAGUUUUUUGAAAGCAAACAAAGACAAGUUGGUUGCUAUAGACUUCACUGCAGCAUGGUGUGGCCCUUGUAAGAUUAUCGGACCUGUUUUUGAGAAGCUUCAUGAAGACUUUCCAAAUAUUGUUUUAGCCAAGGUUGAUGUGGAUGAAAAUGAGGAAACUGCUGCACACUGUGGAAUUAGUGCAAUGCCUACUUUUCAAUUGUACAUUGAUGAAAAGAAGAUUGAUUCAAUGACAGGAGCAAAUGCUGAUAAAUUGAAAGCAUUGGUUGCAAAGUAUUAUAAAUAGUUUUUCGUCUUCUCCAUGGCUUAGAUUUAGACGCUGACUUCAUAAGCAAAAAUUACGUAUCCUUGUUAGAUUUACUACUUCCUAAAUGCACUUGCUAUUAACACGUAUCAUCUUUUCAUUAUUGUUAGACUUCUAUGAUUACAUGCACUUAUUAUCAUCGUAAAAAAUGAAACAAAGUACAACUUAUCUCAAAAACUACGGCUGACACUGACUAUUAACACCUGUAGGCAAUAAUUAUUUGCAAUGAAACGUAUUUUGCACUUGUUCUA